ACAGCCACUCAGUAGUGAUCAGGCCGUUCUCAGAGGAACAGUUCUAGUAGCUCCAGACCGUUGGGAACUAACAUUUUAAUAUUUCGAAGCAUCCUGUACGGUCAGCAUGUGGGCUUUGCUAGUGCUUCUGACAGCAGUGAUCGUUGUCCUAGCGGUGUAUCGAAAAUUUGCCCGAACAUUGGAUGUUUCCAAGCAGUAUGGUGGACCUCGAGCUUUACCGAUAUUGGGGAAUGGGUUGUGGUUCCUGAAUAAGACACCCGUUGAAAUGCUCCAGAUCGUAGAACGUUUAAUAGCCGAAUAUGGAACAGUUUUUCGAUUCUGGCAAGGGCCUGAAUUUACUGUCUACGUGGGAGAUGCUUCUAUGGUCGAGAAUAUCCUCACCAACCGCAACCUCACCGACAAAUCAGGCGAGUACAAGUUCCUCUCAGACUGGCUUGGCGAUGGAUUGCUGUUGAGCAAACGGCAAAAGUGGCACGCUAGGCGAAAGGCAAUCACUCCUGCGUUUCAUUUCAAAAUCCUAGAACAAUUCGUUGAAGUGUUUGAUCGGAAUGCUUCCGAACUGGUUGAUGUUUUAAGUACCUAUGCCGACAGUGAAGCGGUGUUUGAUGUUUUCCCAUUUGUGCUCCUAUACACUCUGGAUGUUAUUUGUGAAAGUGCAAUGGGAACCUCUGUCAAAGCACUAAGAAAUGCCGAUAGCGAGUACGUGCAGGCAGUCAAGGAAGCCGCUAACAUCUCCAUUAGGCGUAUGUUUGAUUUCAUCCGGCGAACGCCUAUGUUUUAUCUGACUCCAAGCUAUGCCAAGUUCCGAAAAAAUCUAAAAAUCCUGCACGGAUAUACUGAUAAUGUUAUUAUCUCCCGUCGGAAACAGCUGGAGGAUGGCGGACAAGACAAUUCGCGUUUGGAGGCAAACGAUGAGAAUGAAUUUGGCGUUAAGAAAAGGGAAGCCUUUCUUGACUUGUUGAUCAAAACUAAGAUCAAUGACAAGGUACUCGCCAAUCUGGAAAUACGGGAAGAGGUCGAUACCUUCAUGUUUGAAGGCCACGAUACAACUACUUCUGCAGUAGCUUUCACACUUUACAACCUUGCGAAAUAUCCGACAGUUCAGCAAAAGGCCUACGAAGAGGUGAUCUCUGUAGUCGGAGAGAAUUCGGCGAAACCAGUUGAUUUGUCUCAUUUACACGAUCUCACAUAUCUGGAUAUGGUAAUCAAGGAAACACUACGGUUAUAUCCAUCCGUGCCGUUGAUCGGUCGGAGAUGUGUCGAAGAAGUAACAAUCGAUGGGAAAACUAUCCCAGCCGGAGCAAAUAUCAUUAUCGGGAUUUAUUUUAUGGGACGCGACCCACAGUACUUCGAAAACCCGCUGGAUUUUAGACCGGAGCGGUUCGAAGGGGAGACGUCAGUCGAGAAAUUUAACCCGUACAAAUAUGUUCCAUUUAGUGCAGGUCCACGAAAUUGUAUUGGCCAAAAAUUCGCUAUCAACGAAAUGAAAAGUGUGAUAUCGAAGCUUUUGCGUCACUACAAGUUUAUUCUACCACCGAACCUGGAAGAACCUAUUCUGAUGUCUGAACUGAUUCUGAAACCUGAACGUGGAAUCCAACUUCAGAUCAAGCGCAGAUAGUUCAUACGAGAUUAUUUUUAUACGUUGGUGCAGUACCAAAUUUGUGAUAUUUUUCA